UUCACAUGAUAUUUUUCAAUCAGCACUCGUCAGGGACAAACCCAAGUCUUUCUCUCCACCACAAUCUCUGCAAAUCUGUCCCGCAUCUUUCGGGUCCAAUACCAAACCCAAAGUUAUACCAAUUUCACAGGAUUCUCUUAUCAAAAAAGAAAAAAGUUCACAGAUGUCAAAGCCAGCGAAGAAUUAGAGAGAGAGAGAGAGAGAGAGAGAGAGAGAGAGAGAGAGCGGGAAAUGCUGGGAUCGAGUUGCUGGAAAUCCAAAGGCUAAAAAAAAUAUAAAAAUAUAAAAAGAGGGGGUUUUUUCUGUGUAUAUGGGGAGUGGAGCUACUUUGGUGGACGGUGUUCGUCGCUGGUUUCAACGUCGCUCUUCGACUUCUACUUCUUCUUCUUCUUCUUCUUCUACAUUAAUUGCUAAUAAUAGUAAUAAUAAUAAUAAUUCGAACAUUAAUUGUACUAACAAAUCCGAUAAUUAUUGUGCGGGCGAUCCAAAUGGUGGCCACGUUUCGGCAGUGACCGAGUUUCGCGCGCAAUCGUCGAAACCCGAACAAAAAGCGAUCCAACAAGAAGGAGAAAAAUCAUCGGAGCUUACGAUUGUUGAGGAAGAUUUCGACGUCUUUGGAUUGAAGCUCAUCAAAGUUCCCCAACGGAUUGAUCUCAAACCUGGCUCUAUGCAUUCUCAAAAGAAGGGUGGAGCGGAAACUGAAUUCUUCACUGAAUAUGGAGAGGGAAGCCAAUACCAAAUUCAGGAAGUUGUUGGAAAAGGAAGCUAUGGUGUUGUCGGCUCUGCAAUUGACAACCACACUGGAGAAAGGGUUGCAAUCAAGAAAAUCAAUGAUGUUUUUGAGCAUGUUUCUGAUGCAACACGGAUUCUGAGAGAAAUUAAGCUGCUGCGGUUGCUUCGUCAUCCGGAUAUUGUCGAAAUCAAACACAUAAUGCUUCCUCCUUCACGACGAGAGUUCAAAGAUAUCUAUGUUGUGUUUGAAUUGAUGGAAUCUGAUCUUCACCAAGUAAUUAAGGCAAAUGACGAUCUUACUCCUGAGCACUAUCAGUUUUUCUUGUACCAGCUUCUUCGCGGUCUUAAAUAUAUUCAUUCGGCAAAUGUAUUUCACCGGGAUUUGAAGCCAAAAAACAUCCUUGCUAAUGCUGACUGCAAGCUAAAGAUAUGUGAUUUUGGGCUCGCUCGAGUAGCGUUCAAUGAUGCCCCAUCAGCUAUCUUCUGGACUGACUAUGUUGCAACUCGAUGGUAUCGUGCCCCUGAGCUCUGUGGGUCAUUUUUCUCAAAAUACACUCCUGCAAUAGAUAUUUGGAGUAUAGGAUGCAUAUUUGCAGAAAUGCUUACGGGAAAACCACUGUUUCCCGGGAAAAAUGUGGUACACCAAUUGGAUCUCAUGACUGAUUUGCUUGGAACCCCUUCUCCUGAGUCCAUUGCAAGGAUUCGUAAUGAAAAAGCACGAAGGUAUCUUAGUAGCAUGCGGAAGAAACAAGCAAUUCCAUUCUCACAGAAGUUCCCUCAUGUAGAUCCAUUAGCUCUCCGCUUAUUGGAAUGCCUUCUUGCAUUUGACCCCAAAGAUCGUCCCUCUGCUGAAGAGGCACUAUCUGAUCCUUACUUUAAUGGUUUGGCAAAUGUGGAUCGCGAACCAUCCACUCAACCCAUUUCAAAACUUGAAUUUGAGUUUGAACGGAGGAAAUUGACAAAAGACGAUGUGAGAGAGUUAAUUUAUCGGGAGAUUUUGGAGUACCAUCCCCAAAUGCUGCAGGAGCAUCUUCGAGGUGGAGAUCAAACUAGUUUUAUGUACCCAAGUGGUGUUGAUCGAUUCAAAAGACAGUUUGCACAUCUUGAGGAGCAUUAUGGUAAAGGUGAAAGAAGCGCUAAAGGAAGCACUCCACUACAAAGGCAGCAUGCUUCGUUACCUAGAGAGCGGGUUUGUGUACCCAAGGAGGCGGCUCAGGACCAAAAUGCUGAUGUUGAAAGGAGAACUGCAGCUUCUGUUGCGUCAACUCUUCAGAGUCCUAGGUCACAUCAACUUGAUGAUUCAGAGGAUGUGAAUAUAGAUUCGCAAAAUGGAACCAACAAGCCAAACCAGACUGUACGUAGCCUUUUAAAGAGUGCUAGCAUUAGUGCUUCCAAGUGUAUAGGCGUAAAAGCAAAAGCAGAUUUGGAGGAAGAAGCAAUUCCCGAAGCCAUGGACGAGACAGUUGAUGGGUUGUCCCAAAACGUUGCAGCUCUCCACGCCUGAUUCUGUACUGCGAUAUGCCGUAGAUGAAGCGGAUGGUUAACACAUUGCCUCAUCUCUUUUCCCUCAUUGUGUGUGUAAGAGACGCUCGGCAAUAAUCCAUAUUGAAGAUCUUCAUUGUUUCAGGUAGAAACUAAGCUAACAAUAGGAUUCCGUUGAAAUAUUACUUCAUUUGUGUCACUAGAAUCUCAAGAGGAGAUGUUAUCCUGUAAUUCACUCCUUAUGUUCUAAAGAAACAACGAUGUAGACUCCAUAUCUGGUGUGAUACCAUAGAAAGAAAAGGUUUUGACUCGAAGAGAAAGAAACAUUGGCAUGUCUCAAAUUUUUUGAUGUGUUUCAAUUUGACUAAUGACUACCAAGUUCAGCACUCUAUUU